AUUGAGACCAUGGACAGCAAAAGGAAGCCCAUCCGUCUCUUGGCAGUCUGCCUCGCGAUAUGCCUGCUUCCUGUUAUCUACCUCUUCUUCGGCGUCGACUGGAGUGUGGCCUCGUUGCCCAGGAAAGACCCAGUUCUUGAGUCAGCAAAUUCGACUCUCGGGUUCGGCGCCGUCAUAGCCGUUUCCCAUGCGAAAUCGUCGCGUCGGAAAGAUCUCAUCUUCGCAGCCAACCUGACCGGCAUCGAUCUCACAAUCCCUGACCAGCCGGUCUGGACCGACCGGGAUCUCCGCAGCUUUCGAUCGCCGGAGAAUUCUCGAAUUGGCAAGGGUUCGGCUCUAGCCUGGAUGGGACAUUUGUAUGCCCUGAAAUGGUUCCUCAGCACCCCCCUCAGCACCGCCAUAAUCCUCGAAGACGACGUCGACUGGAGCAUCCACCUCCGCCGCACCCAAAUCCCCCUCGCCGCCGCCGCCCUCCGCGCCCUCCUCUCCCCCAACACCACCUCCACCUACUGGGGCCCGCUCACCUGGGAGCUGCUCCACCUCGGCCACUGCGGCGACUUCCUAGCCAGCCCCUACGACAACCCCUCCUUAGCCCCCUACCUCGCUAACGCCCCUAGCCACACCUACAGCACCUACCACGACCCCACCCUCCCGCCUCGCAGCCGCCUACGGCCUCAGACCGCGGAGUUUCUGGGUGCUCUCCCCGAGCAGACGCGCCUGCUGCACCCCUCCCGCUGGCCCCUCUGCACCUUCGGCUACGCCGUCACGCGCGCCUCGGCCGCCCGCCUGCUCGAGACGUACGGCACCGAGGGGCCGGGCGGGUGCCAGGCCUACGACGUGCGGAUACUCGAGGCGUGCAGGGACCACGGGUGGGGCUGCUGGAGCGUGAAUCCAGAGCUGCUGCACCAUGUUGAGGGCGGCAGUGAGAUCGCGGGGGUCGAUGCGG